AUGAUAUUUGGCAGGCACGAUGCUUUAGACGACAUACCUGUUUUUGGCUUCUCUUCUCAAUAUGACUUAUGGAUAUCUUUGAGGCUUCGCUCUUUUGCCGAUAUGAAUGCCCGUGGUUCUAGUAACACUCAUUCGCAGUUCUUCUCGGCAUCGCAGAGCCUUCGUCGCAAACGCCCCGUUGCUUCGGACUCGACAUCGCCAUAUCUCGACUCACUCGGAUCUGCCCAAAGCGAUGAAGCAUCUAUAUUUGACGCCAUCCGAGUCGUCACACCAACACCAGAUAAACAAAGCCUUCGUUUCUACGCCUCGCUGAACCAAGCGAGCCACGUCCAUGAGCGUGGAUUGGCAGUGAACCUGGCUAGAUUCGUGCCCACAGACCCUCAAGCCUCGUCCGUCGUCAGUGAUCUACCAACGCAAAGACAGAUAUCGGGAUCAAACCAAGGUGACCACCGCAAGAUACUCUCCGAUCAGAACUGGCACGCCCCAAGACCCAGAAAGCCCGGCCCAGGACCGACUAGCCUCCGAGCUCCUCGCUCCCUACAUCGCAAAGCAGUCUCUCUCGGUGGGACCGAUAAUCCUCGCGGUCCAAGAUGGCCCGGCCCUGCCCAACCCGCUGUUGUUCUCGUCCAGCCCCGAUACCCACCACCAGAACGAAGUCCCACACCACCUGGUCUUCCCUCAUUCGGUUCUCCAGAAGCCAUGCGAUACUCUGCACGUUUUCUGAUGAGAGAUACGGGCGCCCGUGCCCGUGGGAACGUUGGUCCCGAUCCCCAACGCAGCUCCUACAGCGAGGCUAUACGGCGAUUCUUCGGCCUAUCAACACCAACGCCGCGUGUCGACGUGCGCUCUGUGACAGGGAUAGGGAGAGCAGAAGAUGGAACAAUGGUUCAGGGUCGAUUCCCCGUUCGACAGAGUGGCCACGGGACCAAUGUCGUUCGAUCACUGCACGAUCAUCCAUUCCAUCAUCGUGUUCCGCAUUCUCGCUACGAAUAUACAAAUGCCCCUCGUGCUUCUGUCGAAACUGUUCGUAAAAGAAACCCCGAUCGACGCCCGAGGUCCUUGGAACCUCAUCUGUCUAGACGAUCUUCGCGGACUUCUGGGUGCAGCUUCUCUUUUCCGUCGAACCCAACAUCAGCUGUGGUUGCGGGUCCGCGUCCACCGAGACCUGUUGCAAUUCACGGGCUUCCCCGGGAUUUGUCUGCGCCUAUCGGUUCACCCAGGACGUCAGUAUACCCCGAACAUUCCACUCCAGCCUCUCAAAAUGCAGCUCGUUCCUCCGUUUCAUCCCGGAUGCAAUCGGUCUUUUCGGCUGUCUCUGAAGACGGUGUGAGCGAUUCUCAUGAAGAUACAUCUGUCUAUUCAACUCUUGUAUCGUGGAUCAAGAUGCAACCUUGUCAUUGCUGUCUGGGUGAAGUUGAAGAACCUGAUGAUUCUCUCGCUAUCGUCGCCUCCCAAGAUACAUAUGUGACUGCCAGAAGUCAGGUAUCGCCCACCGGGUCUCAGAAUGGGAGUGUUGAGGAAAGUCAUACGCAGACCCGUGGACUUCAGACAUGGGUCAGGUCUGUGUAUAGUGUGAUGUUCCCGACACUCGUGAAUCCUGCCACGAUUUGA